AUGAACCAAAAUCUUAAAAAUGGUACUUCAAAAGCUUCAACAUCCAGUCAACGGCGAACGCAAAGUGUCGAUGGAUAUUCAUUGCCUAAUUUAAACAAUGAAUUCUAUGGAAUUGAUGCUAUGCACAGUAAUGGAAUAUCAAGUAAUGGUAAUCAUGAAAUGAUGAAGGAAAGCGAUGAUGAUUCUGAAUGUGUACCAUUGCCAAGAACAAAUAGUCGACCGACAGAAAAAAAAUACUGGCGUGCUCGUUCUGUCUUUGCUCCAUCACCAAAAUGUAAUUUUGGACCAAAAGGCACACUUAAAAAAAUUAAAAAUGAUCAAGAACUUAUUAUUAUUCAAGAUCCAUGUACUCAACGUCUUCAUUGGAUUUCACCGCCUAAUAAUAUUCUUGUUAUUCGUAAGCCAGGUCAAUCGACUGUGGUAGAAUUUCGAAUUCUUGUUGUGAAGCUUCUUAAACGUCGUCUAAAUGUGUUUGUUGAAACUGCCGAUCGUACACAAUUACAAAUUACUACAGAUUCUGAUUUACAAGAAAAUAUUGAACGAUGUAUUCCGUUGGAUAAAAAAAAAGAUUUAUGUAAGAUCGAUUUAGUUAUUUGUUUGGGUGGUGAUGGUACUCUAUUGCAUGCUUCGAGUUUAUUUCAAAAAAGUUGUCCACCUGUUUUGUCAUUUUCUAUGGGCUCAUUGGGAUUUUUAACACCAUUUGAUUUCAAAUUUCAUGAAAACAUUUUAAAUGAAGUUUUAUCUGGCAAAGUAGCUGUUCUAUUACGAACACGUUUAAAUUGUACAAUUAUUAAAGAAGGUUCAGACAAUGUGCUUACAUCAAACGCAUCAGAUAAUUCUGCACGAACCAAUGAAACCAAUACAUCAAAUAAUGUUGGUGGUAUGUAUCAUCUAGCAUUAAAUGAAGUUGUUAUUGAUCGAGGGCCAAAUUCAUAUUUGUCAAAUCUUGAUUUAUAUAUUAAUGAUAAAUUUAUUACCAAAGUGCAAGGUGAUGGUUUGAUUCUGUCAACUCCUACUGGUUCUACAGCUUACGCAAUGGCUGCUGGUGCUUCAAUGGUUCAUCCGAAUGUUCCUGCUAUGGUGAUCUGUCCUAUAUGCCCACAUUCAUUAUCUUUUCGUCCGAUUGUCGUUCCAGCUGGCAUUGAACUUACCGUAAAAGUAGCUCAAGAUUCUCGUCUAACUGCAUGGCUUUCAGUGGAUGGAAGAAAUCAACAUGAACUACAUCAAUACGACAGUGUCAAAAUAACAACAAGUGUUUAUCCCGUACCAUGUAUAUGUCGAUUUGAUCAAGUAGGUGAUUGGUUUCAAUCAUUGGCUGAUAUACUUCAUUGGAAUAUACGUAAACCACAAUUAAAUCUUGAUACAGACCAAGAAAUUCAACGUGAUGAACAGAUACAAGCGCAAGAUGAUGAAAAAAUAUUGAAUAAAAAUAAACAAAUUUCUCCUAUCUCAAAUGGCGAGUCAUCAACAAAUGAACUCUCGUGA